AUGGAGACGUCGCUUCGAAGCGACAGCAGAAUCGACAAGUUGUUGACGGCUGUCGUCACCAAGUUCUCCUCUGAUUCUGGCACCGGCUACGGCUCCCUCGCCAGAGGCCUCGGCAAUAGCCCAAAGCUCAGGGGCCACUUCAAGGCUACCGAGCUGAAAGAGCUGGACGAAAUCGCCGAGAUCAAGCACUGCUCAAAGUCGUUGCACUGGGCACAGCACCGCUUCGACACGGUCACUGCCGUGCUUCGCAUCGCAGUUCUUCGUAUUUCGACCAUCCUGCAGUUCUUGAUCGAAGUUCGCUCCAUGGAUGGCGUGGCCGCCCCGUGGGCGGCGGACUUGCUUGACAACGUCUUUACGACGGAGAACUUGAUUCUGAUCUCGUUGAUAGCAGAAUGGUCCAGCACCGUCAGCGGCUAUGUCCAUCACUGGGACAACCAGGGCGGCGACAAAUCAGGGAACCCCAAAAGAAGCCCGAUCGGGCACUUGGCAUUCGUUUGUCGGUCCAUGGGCACUCUGAAGAAGGACCUCGGCCGUCUGUUUGAAUUUGACAUCAAGAAGAACAAGCCGCCUCUGGUCAUGGACCAGCGGUUUACCAAGGGCUUCGUCCAGAUUCUUCGUGGAUGUCUUACAGGAGGCCGCCUUGCUGCAUGCACGUCGAUUGGCGCCGGCGGAAAGGUGCUAUACCGAGGUCUGUCCGACGAUGAGUUCCAGACGGCACUGCUGAAGGAGAUGGGCUCCAUCAAGAACGUCUCCCGCCUUUAUUUGCAGGAGCUUGCGACGGAGCACGAAGUGGGCUUGGGGCAGGGCUUCGGGGCGUUCGACAUGGAGUCGUCGACUCUCCCGAAGCCCGAGACACUGGACGUGCUCGCGAAGCUCUUCGGCCACACGGGCGAUCUGCUGGCCGCCGAGCUCAACGUGGUCCGCCCGGCAGCUCGCCAGCUAGUCCAGGCUGGCAUCCACUCGCCGACGGAGUACUGGGGCCAAGUCAUGCUGCACUGGGUGUCUCUGCUGCUCACUCUAUUCGAGUCCACAGGGGUCCUCGAGCAGAACCUCGCGGCUCUGCGGGGCUACGGGCACGAGCAGCGGCAGAGCAUGACCACGAGGCCCCGGUCCCGAGCAGAUCUUCCCCUGAACCAAACCAGGUUGCCAAAGCGGAUGGCGCCUGGGAAGGUUGGAAAGACUGGCAUGGCUGCUUUGAUGCGGAUCCGACAGCAGCAAAAAGAAAGCAUCGAGGCUGCGGGUGACGUGGCCGCCUCAGGAGUGGAUCCAACGAAGCUGGAAAGCUGCCUCGACACGGUCAACAAGUCAGCAGCAGAGCGGACGACCGAAAAACAAAAGAAGUUGAGCAGCAGCCUUGCAGAUCGUGUCACUGCGAAAAUCCGUCUCCUCACGAAUCUGGACGAGGUUUCGAGGCAGAAGCUCCGGGAGCAGGUCAAGAAUGAGAACGAAAGGCUGACAAAGCUGAGAAGCAUCCAAGUCAGAGACCUUGGUGCAGCAGAGUGCAUGACGGACUGCUGCAAAGGCCUGGUGAUUGCGGUGCCCACGGUGAAAAGCAUUGAGGGCAUCGACCGCAUGGCAAAGGAUGCUGGCCGGAUUCUCAAAGACCUCGGCGGUCCCAGAGUCGUCCCUCUGACCACGAAGAACCUGGUCAAACAAUGCCUGGAGGCCAGCUUUACAAUCUGGUACGGCCUCACUGAUGCUGCGGAGGAUGUCUUGCUUUUCUACAAAUCCGAGACCUCCCCGGAGCUCAGCACGGCAAUGAGCCGCCUGCUAGGCGGCCACGUAGCAGGACCCACGUGGCUCCGUGCAUGCCAACAAGCAGGAAAAAUUGUCCGGCCUGUGACGAUGCUCGGAAGGGCACUGCGAGUUGGAAGGCAGCUGGGCUUCGAUGAGACUGUGAAGCAACGGGACGGGUUGCUGAAGGUCAUAAGUGCUGCUGAAUGCCACCCAGCCGGCGCCAGGGAGUGGGUGGUCAGAAGUGCUCGGUCUGAGCUGUCUCGCACAACUGCCUGGUGGAUUGUGGCCGAGCCUUCAAAGUCUGCUGCCAAGAAGAAGCCUUCCGACACCAAGUUGCCUGGCAAAGAGAUUCGCUACUUGAGCUUCCUCCAUGCCAUCACUCAGCAGCUCCACCUGCACUGGCAUCUUCUAUUUUGCAUUCCAUUCGGUUUGGUUUAG